ACGCAACACUGAGAAACCACUCAUCAUCAGUCAUCACUAUCCAUCACUGUCUCCUUCUUCUCUUCUACUUUUCUUCCAAUAACACCACUUACUUACAGGUUUUAGGCAGACUAAAGGCACAAUCGAAUAUGGCGCCUGGUAGCAAGAUCGAUGAUUCGGAAAUAACUGCCACCAACAACCUAUUCUCGGAUGUUGUAACACUAACAUCACCUCCACUGCCUACUCUUCCUGUCGAUGUCAUUCUAGAAAUCCUUUGUAGGCUACCGGCGAAACUCCUCCUUCAACUCCGAAGUGUCUGUAAAUGGUGGAAUUUUUUAAUAUCUGAUUCCAAAUUCAUCAAGAAGCACCUUCGUAUGUCAACCACGCGCCGCCGCCUCCACUUCUUAAGAUACCUUAGUCGCCCACAGAACAAGUACAUUCUCACAUCUUACCCACUGGAUUCCGUUUUCACCAACCUAAACACUGACUUAACAGAAUUUGAGUAUUCUCCGAAUAAUUUUAAAGGAGAUUAUCCUAGGACCACAUUUGAGCAUUUCAUUGGCUCUUGCAACGGCAUCCUGUGUUUUGCAGAUCAUUAUAAAGGCUUAGUUAUAUUGUGGAACCCUUCUAUUAGAAAAUUCAAGGAUUUGCCUCUUUUUACAAAGCCAGAUGUGUGUAUUGAUUUUCACAUGACAUUUGGUUUCGGCUAUGAUUCUUCUACUGAUCAAUACAAGGUCGUUGUUGUUUUGGACUACCUUGUGCCUGUUAGUACCACUAUUUGGGUUUUAGAAACUGAAGUGAAGGUUCAUAUUUUGGGUACUAAUAUUUGGAGAAGCAUUCCUACGUAUCCUUUUGGUGGUGUUCCUGUUCCAAGUGCGUUAUCAGGAAAAUAUGUGAGUGGCACAAUGAAUUGGUUGGUCUCUAAAGACCCUUUAGGGUGGGGAAAACCAUGUUAUAUUCUUUCUUUUGAUUUGGUGAAUGAAUCUUAUCAAAUGAUUUUACCUCAUAUCGAUGGGGAAGAUAUGUGUGACUUGUGGUCUAUUGGUGUUUUGAGAGAUUGCUUAUGUGUGACUUCUGGUAAUGAUGUUUGGAUUAUGGAGGAAUACGGAAAUAAAGAGUCUUGGACUAAACUGUUCACGGUUCCUUACAUGCGAGUACGUGAUAAUUCUCACGUACUUAUCACCCCAAUAUAUAUGUUUGAUGAUGAUCAAGUGAUACUGAAGUUUAAUUCGGAUAAUGACUUGGAUUUGGCUCUUUAUGAUUCCAAGAGUGAUACUUUGAAGCUUACUGAUUUUCACCCUAUUGAUUAUCAAACCAUUCCAGAAGUUUGCAUUGAGAGUUUAAUAUCACCUUGAUCUUUAUGUUAGGAUGUAAAUGUAGUGCUAAUUCAUUUGAGCAUGAGUCAACUACAACUUUUAUAUUAGUUUUUGUUUAUGUUAUUUAUUUUGUACUUGUUUUUGUUAGUGUUACUUCUUGAAUUCUUGCUAAUUAAUGACCAAUUGAUUUUGUAGUUUGAGAAA